CUUUGACAGCUUCAAAGUCUGAAGACUCCGCUUCCUACUGUGUUAUUGUUAAUGUUGACCCGAGGAGAGGAGUCCUCGAUUCCGAGUUCAUGUUCACAGCAAAUGUCAGUUCAGACACCAACAGCGACCUUCUGCCCGAUGAUGUGUGCUGCAGCUACACAUUCCAGGACAACCGGACGGAGGAGAUCAUAUCGCUGUUUGGUUCCACCUCGGUAAACAUUGUGAAAGAAUAUCCGCCGUCCAAAGAACAUCCUGCCGGCACGUACUCCAUGAAUGUCACAGCGUAUCUGUACAAGAAAAAUGACACAAAAUCCAUCUUCCCUGUUGCUACGAAUGUCACCCAUUUCCACCUGACAGAGAACUUCAACGGCUACCUUACUGUAAAACAAAACCUGGUCUACCAAACCAACUGGUCUGCAUUUGUCGUUCACAAGCCCAUCUACAUCUACUUCUUCCUGACUGACCAUAUAUUCGGUACCUUCACAUACCAUUGGCAGAUCAAUGGGACCAUUGGCAAACACACUGAUAUACCGUUGCUGGUCUUUACAGCCAGCAACAUUGGAUUGAGUCGUUUCUCCCUCCAUGUAAAGGAGGUACACACAGGCAAUGAAGGUCAUUUCGACAGAGUGGUCCUUUUUCAAGCUCCUAUUGACUCGGCUUCUAUAUCUGGUGACCAGAGAACCUUUAACGAGGAACCCACUACACUAACACUACACUUUCAAGGAAGUGGUCCUGUCCGGUUCUGCUGGACACUGCUUCCCUCAGACAAAGGAUCUGUGUGUAUUGAAGACAUCCUGACAAACGGCUCCCUCUCAGGGUCUUAUUCCAUCCUUGUGCAACCGAACAGCACUGGGACUUUCUCAUUACAAGGCAACGUCAGUAAUUACAUCAGCUGGAGGAAUGUGAAAUAUUCCUUUGAAGUAAUACCAAAAGGUAAGACAGUUGCUGUUAUUUAACCCCGAGUCUUGGUC